UAAUAUGAAACAGUAUAAAUUUUAUGCUACAGCAUUGCUCUGCUUUGCUCUAUCAGCAGACAUUUUAACUCGAGCUCUAAGUGAUGAAGAGUUCGAUGAAUUUGUGUCGGAAAUUGAAGACUUUAUUAAUGUUUCUUCAUCGAAUGUCUGGGCCACUAAUAAUGAUGACUACUUUUCGUCUGAAGAUGCAUCCUCAGUCGACUAUGGCACAUUUGACUUCAUAAUUGCCGGAGGUGGAACAGGGGGAGGAAUUUUAGCAAAUCGUCUGUCUGAGCAAGAAAGUUUUACGGUCCUACUGGUGGAAGCUGGAAAAGCCAGAGCAGCAAUUGUAGAUGUUUUGGGACUGAAUGGUUAUCUGGUGGCAUCCGAAUGGAACUGGGCAUAUAACACAACCAAGCAAACCACCGGUUGUUUAGGUUCUGUUGACCAACGUUGCGCUUUGACAAGUGGGAAAGGCUUGGGUGGUUCAAGCAGCAUAAAUGAAGGGUUUAAUGCCCGUGGUAACCACAAAGACUUUGAUCAAUGGGCAGAUCUAGGCGAUAUUGGGUGGUCUUUCGAAGACUGCCUUCCGUAUUUUAAGAAAAGCGAAAAUACAAAAUUUUCAGUAAGUGCUUCUGACAAACCUUACCAUGGAUUUGAUGGAAUGCAAAGUUUAAGUAUAGCUGAAGAUACUCCAAUAUUGACCGACGCCCUACUUAGUGCAUUUGAAGAACUUGGUAAUGCUUACGUAGAUUAUAAUGGCGAAACUCAAUAUGGAGUAGGUCGGCCUCAAUAUUAUUUGGAUAAAAAUACAAGAGCAACCACUGCACAUUCCUACAUAUUUCCGGCGUUAAACAGAACAAAUUUGAACGUUACUGUGGAAUCCCUAGUUACAAAAGUGAUUCUCUCCAAUAAAACGGCUACUGGAAUUGAAUUCUGGAAAAAUGGGACAAAAUACACGGCCACUGCUGGAAAAGAAGUGAUUGUGUCAGCUGGAGCGAUUAAUUCACCGCAACUUUUGAUGCUCUCUGGUAUUGGGCCAGAAGACGAACUAAACAAGCACGGCAUUGAAAUUAUUGCCGAUUUGCCAGUUGGAGAAAAUUAUCAGGACCAUCCAUUGUUCCCUGGAGUAUAUUACAGAACCAACGGGACAUGGUACAAUAAUACUCUGCUCGAGAAUUUAGAUUUAUGGAGAGACGACCAUCGGCCACUCGUUGUUGGAUUCGGGAUCCAAACAAUUAAUUACUUCAAUUCAGAAGGGAAUAACAGUAUAAUUCCGGAAGUAGAAAUUGUUGCCGUUGGCCCACCAGCGGCUUCCAAAUCAUCCGGAGUAUUCUUAGGUUACAAUGACACUUACGUGAAAACAUUAGAUUUUCUCGAUUCUACGACCGAUUUUUGCCUGAAUCUAUUAUUAUUGCAUCCUCAAAAUACCGGAAGGGUAACUUUGAAGUCAAGCAGUGCGAAAGACUAUCCAGUGAUUGAUUACGAUUAUUUUGGAAAUGAUGAUGAUGUGGAAAUUAUGUACAACGCAAUCCAAUAUGCCUUGAAACUGAAUGAAACCGAGGGUUUUAAACGUUUGGGAGCUUAUCAACUGUAUCCCUCGGUGCCAGAUUGUGAUCCUUACUAUGAUGCACUUUCCAAAGAUUGGUGGAUUUGUUCCAUAAGAUAUUCUUGCGCUGCGGGACUUCAUAUACUAGGAACUACCAGGUUUGGAGUGGACCCGGAAAAAUCUGUGGUAGAUCCCGACUUAAAAGUCCACGGUAUUGAAAACUUACGAGUGGUAGACGCAGGAGUCAUCCCGAGUGAAAUAUCUGGACACCUCAACGCAUUUGUUGCUAUGGUGGCUGAAAAAGCCGCGGAUAUUAUUAAAUCUGCACACCAAUAAGCAAAUAUGGGAUAAUACUGUAUUGGACGGGACUCAAAAAUGUGUUAUAUUAUUCAUAAUGUACAUAAUAUUGGUUUUGGAUUUGACAAUACUCUUGUAUUGUCGUAAAUAAAUAAAAAUCAAUAAAGCAAACGAUUUAAA